CCGCCCGUGAAAGCCACCACUCGCCAGAGGUGGGCGCCCAGCCAGGCCCAGGUCAAGCUCCUCGAGAGCCUCUACGACGUUGGAAUGGGGACGCCACACAAGCAGCGAGUGCGAGAGAUCACGGCGGAGCUCAGCCAGCUUGGGCCGGUGAACGAGUCCAACGUUUACAACUGGUUCCAGAACCGAAAGGCCAGGACGAGGAGGAGGAAUCGGCAGCAGCCGAGUGCUCUGGGAGGCCCGGAGCCACAGCACUUUCCUCACAGGGAGCUCGAGGAGGUGGAUUCGGAGGUGGACGCCAUGGAAGGUGGUGGCGCUCGUGGGUCUCCGGGAGUGGUGAAAAUGCUCAAGCCAGAGGGCGCUGGUCCAUCAACCGAGCACGCUCCACACUCCAACACAAGUCUCCUGUGACGGUUUUUCGAUGCAGUUCUUCGGCUUGUUUUUUUUUUUUUUUUUUU